CUCGAUGCCACUACAACGCCCGUCAAUAACAUAUUAAUAAGCAGAAGUUGGUUACAAUGUAAGAGUGCCAUAAAAUUUAAUUAUGUAGUAGUAACUAUAGAUCAUUAUCACCGUCAUUUAGUUCAUCAAAUAAACAACGCAAAAGCAUGUGGAAGUUACUCUACACAAUACCAA